AUGGACAAUAACGUCCAGUAUGGAUCAAACUCGGCAGUACUGACUGGUCGUAUUUUGCGAGACAAAGAAGCUCGUUUGAUCAUGGAAUUUUGUCUGGUUCUUUUUUGCUUGAGAGAAGCAACCGUGCGGCCUGUGCAUGCUCGUACUUAUUUGCCGGCAACUGUUUAA